CAUGUAUCUCCCACUCGUUAUCGGGAUCCUCGCAGUGGCGAGUGCCUCCCCAGUUAAGUACGACCAGCGUCAGGACGGCAAGCUGAAUCUCCACGCUAAACUGGAGAACCUCCUGCUGGUGGUGGCCCCUUCCUCGGGCUCCCCCAGCGGCUCCAUCGACUUCGAUCUCCCCGGGAUCCUUGACCAGGACCUGGACUUCAGGAGGUCCGGCAUCCAGGCGAGCAACGCCGAGGAGAGGAGAAUCGAGAAGCUGGAGGAGGCGAACGUCGAGGACCGGAAGCUGGAGGUUCUCGGUGAGGAGGCAAAGUUCAAGAGGGAUGAGCUCAAACUCAUUGGUGACGCCAUCGAAAACUGCGGACCUGGGAGGUAUCGGGAUGGGGUGGGAAUCUGUCGUGCUGAUGAUUCUGCCAAGGGGAAGCCUUGAAUACAUAACUGUUUUGUAAAUCACUAGCGAACUGGCGCUUCGCUAGUGAAUAAUUUAUACUAUUUUAUUUCAUUUUUAUUAUGCAUAUA